AUGGCAUAUCGGCAUCUGCUGCUGCUCGGAAUUGUACUCGCUGGAGUCUGCAUCGGCUCGGCGGAUGCUAAGAUGAUAACGGUGGGGCAAGGAUCUGACAUUUGGAGUUUCAUCAGCCCGUGGGCGUAUGGCGUAUCUUCGUGGCAGCAGCCCACCGUCGUGGCCGGCGAUGUACUCGUCUUCCGCUGGAUUGGCAUGCGAAACGUGCGACAGUGGGCGACGCCGCUCGGUUACACCGCGUGCUGGUUCGGUUUCGCCAAGACGGUGGCCCCGCAGGGGUACUGGGGAAUGGUUCGUUACACGGUUGCGCCCACUGAGUCGCGAACGACGCUGUAUUUCGGCAGCAGCAUCGGCGACGACUGCGCGCGAAACAUCAAAGUUCGCAUCGACGUAUCGUGA